CUUCUGCAAAUCCGAGGCAAAAGUUUGGAGUCUUUGGACUAUCCUGAGGUGAAUGGGACAUCGUCCCCCGAGCAAGUCUUUCCCUCUCCUUUCUCCCGACCCCUUAUCCUCUCUCUCCCUCUUCCUCUCCCUCUCCUGUAUCCAUCCCGCUCUUUAAAGGUAUCGCAAUGGCUGAAAGUUGUUUAAUUUCUACACCAACACUAUUUACCACCAAAAACCAAUACCCAUUUCUCUCACUUCCCUCAAAACCCAUCAAGCUCUCACACCUGUCAUUCUUAUCUUCAUGUCCGUCUUUCCAUUCAUGGGUCUCCCUCAAGCACAAGUCUUCAACCUUCCGUGUAGUCCCGCUAGUGGCUCAGACCUCAGAUUGGGCUCAACAAGAGGAAGAAGAGGAAGGAGAAGAGAGCUCGAGUUGGAAGAGCCAACUGUUGGAGGGAACCUUGGCUACUUCUGCUUCUGAUGGUUGGGAAGGUGAGGUUGGGGGUGGAGAAGAGAGCUCUGGAGAAGGGGUUUUGGAAGAGAGGGAAGAAUUUUAUCCUGAGCCACCUGAAGAGGCGAAACUCUUUGUGGGUAAUUUGCCCUAUGAUAUUGAUAGUGAGAAACUGGCUGAGGUCUUUAAUCAAGCUGGGAUUGUUGAGAUUUCUGAGGUAAUUUACAAUAGGGAAACGGAUCGGAGUAGAGGGUUCGGGUUUGUAACUAUGAGUACUGUUGAAGAAGCCGAGAAGGCUGUGGACAUGUUACACCGUUAUGAUUUAAAUGGAAGGCUUUUAACGGUAAACAAGGCUGCUCCUAGAGGGUCACGAUCAGAACGACCCCGAGUGAAUGAACCUUCUUUCAGAAUAUAUGUUGGUAACCUGUCAUGGCAAGUGGAUGAUGCUCGUCUGGAGCAGGUUUUCAGUGAACAUGGGAAGGUAAUUAAUGCCAGGGUUAUUUGCGACCAGGAAACAGGCCGUUCACGAGGGUUUGGUUUUGUUACAAUGUCCAGUGAGACAGAAUUGAAUGAUGCCAUUGCUGCUCUUGAUGGACAGAAUUUGGACGGCAGAGCUAUAAGGGUAAAUGUUGCUGAAGAACGACGAAGGCGUGGAUCAUUUUCUUUUUAAGAAGAUUGUUAUUAAAGACUUCACAUUAACUCUUCCAGUUUGGUUUGUUCUCUUCCCCCAUCCCCCUCCCCGUUCCCCUUCCCCUUUUUUCAAAUAUAGUAGUGAUAGGAAAGUUCUAUAUUAGGAGUUUGGAGUUUCUCUGUUCUGAGUGAAGUUAAAUUGAUAAAUCUUGUGUUUGUAGUAAGGCAUAUUUUUAUCACAAAA